AUGGUAACAUCGCUGACGAAAUGCAUCGUACGCGCGCAAAAAUUAGCCUUUUCUGAAGAAGUCUACGCCCUUCGCAAGAAUCUGGAAUUACCACUCAGAUCAAAACUUCGCACUUUCCAACCCUUCUUGGAUGAAGUUGGACAGAUGCGAAUUGGCGGACGUAUACUUCAAGCGCCGAUCGACUAUGCAGCCAAACACCCCAUACUUCUACCAGCAUCUCAACUUUUAACGAAAAGAAUAAUUUGGGAUCACCACGUUAGAAACAUGCACGUCAAGACAGAAAGAUUGCUGACGGACCUCCGUUCUCGCUACUGGAUACUUUCUGAACGCAAGGUGGUAAAAUCUGUACUCAACAACUGCUGGCCUUGCAAGCGCACGUCGGCGAAGCCCAGCCCGCCGUUGAUGGCUUCCCUUCCAAUUCAUCGUUUAACGCCUCAUCUACCCGCGUCCACGUACACAGGGAUCGAUUACUUUGGCCCCUUGACGGUAAGAGUUGGUGGACGGGGAAGAAGACAUGAAAAACGUUGGGUCAGUCUGUUUACGUGUUUGACGACCCGAGCAGUUCACCUCGAGGUAGCUAACGGUUUCAGUAUGGAUGAGUUCCUAUUAUGCUUCUCCCGUUUUACAAGCCUACGCGGAAAAGCGAAGGUCGUCUACAGUGACAAUGGGACUAACUUUGUCACCGCCGAGCAGGAGUUACGGCAAGCCUUGGAAGAACUCAUCAGUAAACACGAAGAGCUCCAAACAGUAAUGGCUUGUCAACAGAUUGAGUGGCAUUUUUCUCCACCCCAUUUCGGUGGUGUUUGGGAAAGGAUUCUACAAUCCUGCAAACGGGCAAUGAAGACCCGCAUCGGAAAUUGCCUAGUCACGGAUCAAGUGCUACGAACUGUAAUUGCUGAAGUAGCAGCUUUAUUGAACGCUCAGCCGUUAACCCACCUUAGUAUGGACCCAGAAGACCCGGAUCCGUUAAUGCCAAAUCACUUUUUAUACGGUGGAGCUCGGCCAUACUUGCCCCUACAAUUGGCCGACGUGAAAGACUUGAACGUAACCAACAAGCAGUUUCAGCAAAGUCAAGCCAUCCUUCAGCACUUUUGGAACAGAUGGCUACGUGAAUACGUUCCCCACUUAACCGAGAGAAGAAAAUGGCAAGAAAAAUAG